AUGUCUGCUACUGCUACCAUCUGCUCCGAGAAGAACUUCGCCGUUCAAACCCAUCCUGUCAAGGCUCCUGAUGAGGAAUACUUCUUCGAAGGAGCCGAGAAGCUUCUGGAACUCUGGUUCUGCUCCACCAAAGGGAUCACUGACACAUCCUUAAGAUCAAUUCCAAGAUCUGAAAUCGACAAUAUGCUCGAUGUCGCAAGAUGCAAGAUUUUACACUCUAAACACAAUGAAUCCAUCGACUCCUAUGUCCUCUCAGAAUCCUCACUCUUUGUCUCAGACAAUCGAGUGAUUCUGAAGACGUGCGGAACCACUCGGCUUCUGGCUGCUCUCCCGGUCCUCAUGCAGCUGGCGGGAACCUACGCUGGGUUGGAUCAAGUGCAAUCGGUGUACUACUCGAGGAAGAACUUCUUGCGUCCGGAUUUACAACCAAACCUUCAUAAGAAUUUUGACGCUGAAGUUGAGUAUCUCGAUAGCUUCUUCGAGGAUGGACAUGCAUACUGCUUGGGAUCGUUGAAGCAGGACAGAUGGUACCUGUAUACAUUCCAUCGGGAGGUGGAGUUCCCGGCUAACAAGCAGCCGGACCAUACUUUGGAAAUCUUGAUGAGCGAUUUGGAUGAGGAGGUCCUUCAUAAGUUCACCAAAGAUUUCGCUGUGGAUGGAAAGGAUUGCUUCAUGCGCGCCGGCAUUGACAAGAUCAUCCCAGCAGGUGCAGACGUGCACGACGAGCUGUUCGAUCCAUGCGGCUACAGUAUGAACGCCUACAUAAACGAUACGGAUCAAUACGCCACGAUCCAUGUGACGCCGGAAAAGGAAUUCAGUUUUGCGUCGUUUGAAACUAAUCAAGACUUGGUUUGUCUGUAUUCUCAGACUAGAAAGGUCUUGCAGUGUUUCAGACCAAACAAGAUUCUGAUGACCGUUUUCGCCAACGACAUCUCCGUGAAGGGAAAAGACGCUCAACAGCAACUCUGGGACCGCGAGUUGCCUGGAUACAGACGCACCAAUGUGCAGUUUGUGAGACUUGAGACGGAAACUCUGGUCUAUGCGCACUUCGUGCGCAAAGCCCCACACGACUUGACAUCGUCGAGCGACGAGGACGACGGCGAGCGCUCCGACUAA